UGCCAUCACCGUCAGGGCGCUGCUCACAUUGUAGAGAUGCUGAUGAAGAUGGACGCUGCCAGGCCGACUUUCCUUUUAACCCUGUGCCUCACCUGUGUGCCUUCAAAUGAAUCUUGUGGGGAUUUGGAAUAUUGUGAAAAGAUCAGCCUGAGAGCUUCGCUUGGCUCAUCUUUGUUUCUACCGUGCUCUAUUAAAACAAGCAACCCCAAAUGGGUGAUUUGGAGCCACACUGCCAAAGAGAAGGCAGAUUUGGUCAAACUUACACCUGAAGGCCACAUUAUGUUCCUGGACCCCAGAAACGGCCGAGUGAAAGUCUUUCCAAUCCAGGCCUCAGACGGGAACUUCUCCAUCAGAAUUGAUGAGCUUGAAAAAGCUGAUCUGGGAUGUUACAAUUGUGGAUGGACCUGUCUUCAAGUGGUGGAUGGCAGAAAUUCAAGUGGAAGUAUUCAGCCACUGAUUCACAUGGGUGCUCGUGUGGCUGCUCUCCUUCUGCUCAGUGUUGGUGGCUUAUACUGCUGCAAGAAAUGCAGAGUUCUCCAUAACAACAAAACUCAGGACACUGCAAACAGUCCCACACAUGCAGGUACUGAGGAGGAACACAAAAGUGAAGAGCCACAGAAACCUUCCUCCACCUCACUUUCAUCUUCAGAAGCGGAAAAAACAAAAGGAAGUAUAAGAUAAAGGAGAAG